CACUGUGCUCCGCCCCCUUCCCAGCAUGCUGAGCGGGACGAGCAGUCAGCUGAUCCGUGUUUGGGUUCUUGGUGCCAGGUACAGCAGGGCGGCUGCUGCUGCAUAGACUGCCCGGUGCCAUGCAGAUGCAUUUCGUCUUCUCGGACAAUGUGACCCUGCUGUUUGAUUUCUGGACGGUGCAGACUCUGACAGGUCUUAUGCUCUCAUUCGUGGUUGUCCUGCUGCUCACUGUCCUCUAUGAGGUUUCUAAGGUCUGGAAGUCCAAUCUUCUCAACAGGGUCCUACAGACCCUGCCAGGAACUCCAGAUUCUGCCGUCUCCCCACCGCUCCUCUCAGAUACUGAAGCCAACUUUGAUGUGACCUCUGACCCUUUGUUUCCUGGUGAUCUCUCAGAAACAGUGAGAUCACUUCCUGUGACACAUGCCCCUCCUACCUAUCAGUGGUGGUUGCUGCACUCCUCAGUUGCCCUCCUGCACACAGGCCAGGUUUUCCUUGGGUACAUGCUGAUGCUUUGCGUCAUGUCCUACAAUGCUGCUAUAUUUCUGGCCGUUCUCCUUGGAUCUGCCCUUGGAUACUACCUGGCUUUCCCUCUUCUUGCUAAACACCCCAAGCCCCACUGUCUGUAGCAAACUGGCAGAUGGAGGAGUACAGCUGAGGGGACUAGUCUUCCAAAUGCUUCUUGCACAAGUAUACUGUCAGGGACCCUUCGUUCUUCCCGAUGAUAUGACCGUGAUGUCUUAAGUAACAAUGACUGUUUUUAGAAUUCUUGCUGUCUACCAAAAAAGCCUUUUACUUACUGCAUAUAGGCACCAUUCGCUUUCUAUUUAUUCAUAUUACACUCAUUUUGGCAGUGAUAGGUUAUAACCACUCAGUGUUGGUCAGUUGAACACCCAUCAAUUCUGAGCUUCAGCCAGUGGCGUGCGGUGAGGUCAGUUGCUGGUGAGGCACUGGCCGGGGGGCGGGGCGAUGACGCGGCGAGCCGUGACCGACUCACAGCGGCCAUCUUUGAUUUAAAAAAUGGCUUUGCACUACAGCGCCAUUUUUGAAAGUGGCAAACCCCUCAACUAUGGUGCCUUAAUGGCUGCAGGGACUGGAUCCAUGAUCCAGACCUGCAGCCAAAAUGCCCGUUGCCGCCCGCCGCACAAGCCCCGCCACUGCAUGAGUCCCGCUGCCCGCCUCCGCUGCACAAGUCAAGCCACGCGCGCCCGCCGCUACUGCAUAACUCCCACCGCCGCUGCCCGCUACCGCCCACUGCCGGGUUCCGCGCUGCAAAGUGCAUGCGCAUCAAACGUGAUGAACAGGCAAAUGUAGUAUUUGUGUAUGUGUUGUGUAGGGAAUUUUAAUGAAUAAAAAAAAAAAAAAGUUGUAAUUGGCGUGGGGGGAUUAGUCCUGCGAUCGCUGUCUUACUCCUGCGAUCGCCUCUGCCUGAUUGACAGGCAGAGGUGGUCGCUGGGCAGGAGGGGGCAGGCCGGCGGCGUUUGGGAUGUUGGGGGGGGGCAGGCCACGGCAGCUGCAUGACAUCACACACAGCCGCUGCGACCCUCACAGUGACGAUAAGCUCCUGUCAGCGUGUAGGAGCUGCUCUUCCAGUACAAAAGCAUCGCCGCUGUGCAAUGCAUUUGUACUUGUGCGGGGGGGUCGGGCCUGACAUGCGGGGCGACUAGCCCUGUGCUGGGCGUCCCCCGCAUGUCUGUGUGACUGAUCGUAGAUGUGCUAAAUUUAGCACAUCUACGAUCAGGUCUGAAUUAGGCCCUAAAUCUCCACACUAUGGGGAAUAUUUAUCACAAUCCGCAUCUGAGAUGCAGAUGUGAUACAUUUGACCAAAAUCACAUUGCGAUAACUGAAUACAUCGCAGGGCUGUAUUAAUUAUCGCAAACAGGGAGAGAGCUUGCGAGAAAGCUCUGUCCCUGCAAAUCCUGUUACCACAAUUCUCAGGGUAUUUUUUGUAAAAAUACCCUGACACACAAGUGAUGAGAGGGGCGGAAGCACAGGUGGUGAAGGGGGAAGGGACACAGGUGGGGAGGGAGGCAAAGAUACACAUGGAGAGGAAGGCAGAGGCACAGGUGUAAAAGGGGCAAUGACACAAGUGGGGAACGAGACACAGGUGGUAGGGGUGGACACACAGGUAGUGAAGGUGGCAGAGACACAAGUGAAGAGGGAGGUGGAAGCACAAGUAGAGAGAGUGGGGAGGAGGCAGAGACACGGGUUUGGUGGGGCCAGAGAUGCAGGUGUGGUGGGGCCAGAGACACAGGAGGUAAAGGGGCAGAGACACAGGUGGGGUGGGGGCAGAGACAC